AUGUUAUGGCGAAAGAAAAAUGCGCAGCAAGAUGCGGCAAGUACCAACAGCGCUCCUGCAAACGAUGGAGUUGCGGCAAAUAAUAACAAAAAGAAUAGUGUAAAAUCUUCAGAAAACAACAUAAUAUCAACCUUGACAGAUAGGAAGACGCCAAACGAAACUGAAAAAGACAAUAAUCUUGACACAAAGAAAGAUGAUCUGAAUCAUUUUCAAAUUCGUAAAUGGGAUGCUUGCGCUGUUUGGUCCUGGGACGUGAUCCACGAUACUUGUGUUAUCUGCCGUAAUGCAAUGAUGAGCCCCUGCAUCCAUUGUCAGGCGAAAGUCGGAAUUAAUACACCGGACGAGAUUUGUGCAGUUGCUUGGGGAAUUUGCAAUCACGCUUACCAUUUACAUUGCAUAAAUCGUUGGCUUGAGAGUAGUCCAAAUUCAAGAUGUCCUUUAGAUAAUAGCGAAUGGGAAUUUAGCAGGCAAGUGAAAUAA